AAUACCCAUCCUCACACCCAUUCAAGGUAAUAAAUGAAACUUGAUAAGCCCAUUCUACCCCCUUAAGUUUAUUUGCUAACCAAAAACAGCCCAUGACUCUUCUUUUUUAGGUCCAUGUCAACCCAUAUUUAUAUCAUUGGGCCAGAAUUGCCAGGUCUAUGUCAAAUAGAAAUAGAAAUAGGACAUUAUGCUAUAUAUUGUGUAUAAAUAAGUUGGUAAACCUUGUUAGUUAAGUUAGAAAGUUCUGUGAGUAGAGUUAGUGCCUAAUAUGUACAUAUUAGAAGUAGAAGGUUAAAUGUGAAAGUAUUGUAUGUAUCCUGUUUAACCAUCAAUUCUGAAUUCGGUCCGUUCAACUCAAGGAAUCAUUCAUUCGUUGUUUUGCAAGUUUAUUGGUAUCAGAGCAAGGCUCUGUUUUGCAGAAUGAAUCCAAAGAAGAUUGUGAUUAAUCUCGCAAAGGUUGAAGAAUUAAGAAGAUCAGAGACUUACAAGACUCUGUUUUAAAUGACGAAUCGCAGGAAGAAGAAGAAGAAGAGUACGAGCGAUUUUGCGAACCCCAAUCAGCAUAUUCUUCAACUAUUGAGUAUCUCUUUGUCUGUUUUUGAAGGACUGAGUAUACAUGGCACUAUCCACACCACCUUUGUCUGCCACCGUACCUACUCCGGCAGCCACCACACCUUCAGUGAUCUCCGACAAGGAACCAGAACUCAACAGUUUGGUGAUCCAUUUGGUGAUGGUCCUUUUAAAGCUGUCCCUUCUACUGAUGUUUUCUCAGUCGGGUUCCGUCUCACAGGCAGGUUUUCGCAGUUCCAAUGGUAAAUCCAGUCAACCUAAUAAUAACCUUUACUGCGGAUUCCAGUUUUACGGUCAACCUACGUCAGCCCCGACACCGCCAGCUGCCUUGAUUUCAAGUUUCUAUCAACAACCACAGUUACAAUUAAAUACUUCCAAGGCCACCCAACCACCAUCUGUCAGACUGUCACUGCUUAACAGGUGCACUUGCUGUAGCUUCUCAACAACGUGCGAAAGAAAAGUUGGAGACCAAAUCCACAAUUUGGACUGAUACGUUGAACCGUGGACUCGUUAAUUUGAACAUCGAUGGAUGUGAGUUAUUUUGUUUUUUUAUAGCGCGCACACACAUAUAUGUAGGGAAUGGAUCAUGUUAGGGCUAUAACCUGCAAAAGAAAAAUCAUGAGUUUUUUUGAUUAUUUAGUAUUAUUUGUUUUUUAUAAUAAUAGGGGCAAAAAAUCAGAAAAAACACUAUUUUAGUAAAUAGUUUUGAACAACACUUUAUUGAUAAAUGCUUUUUUGAAUAACACUCUUUUUUUUAAGAAAAAAGGGGUCGAUUUCCAGAAGACUUUUAUAGUAUAUUGUCAAGACAAAAAAGGCCAGUCAACCAAGCAGAAAUUUAAUUUUAUUUUAUUAUUUAUACGCUACUAAGACCCGCAUCCAACCCCAUGGCGGGUUCGGGUUCUGGAAUUGGACGUGCUGGUGCGAGUGCUCUAAGACCCGCAUCCAACCCCAUGGCGGGUUCGGGUUCUGGAAUUGGUGCGGGUUCAGCAAUGGGAAUGGGAAUGGGUGCAGGGGCGCAGGGCCAGGGUUUGGAGGUGGUUACGGAGGUCUAAACCAGCCCAUGGGAAUGAACCAUAUGCCACAAAAUAUGGGUAUGGGAAUGAACAAUGGCCAAGGGUUUCAGAGGCAAGCACCACCUGCCGCCGGAUUUAUGCCGCCUGGAAAUUAUAAUCCGAUGAUGGGCAGAGGUGGGGGUUAUGGUCAGCAACCUUAUGGUGGCUACUGAUAAGAGUUGCAGCCAUAAGCAUAGUGAUUGUGUUAUAAAAAGCUAUUCUUUUUCCUGACAAUUUUGUAAUUCUUUUUGAUUCCGUAUAGCAUUAUUAUUCUGUAUAACCAAUAUCAAGUUACUUGAUUUCUAUAUAUUCAAAACAUUUUUGUCUCUUAA